CAUUGCUAAAUACUUGUAAUUUUGUUUGGUGAUUUGUAUUAUACCAGUUGUACCACUCGUGGGUUGUAUACAUUGCAUUCUGAGCGAAGGAUUAAGAAUGAUUUCGAAUUGUCCGCAAUAUCUGCCCAUAAUAUUUACAUUAUUGCUGACACUGUCGAUUAUAACUUCAUUUCUCAUAGCCGUUUCAAAAAGCGAUGUCACACCGUGGUUCCCAACGAUCAGUGAUACGGCCACAAAAUCUCCAGAAAGUAACAUAUUCUCCGAGUUGGUAAACAUCGCCACCUUUCUUGGCGUUAUCGUAAUUUACAUGCGAUAUCUUCAAGUAAAACGGGACGUAGAAUGGGUGGAAGGUAGCCGAAAAAUAUUCGUCGCGAAUAGAAUAUGUGUGGUCUUAGGUUUUAUUGCAAUAUGUGGGUCCAGCUUGGUUGCAAAUUUUCCGGAAACUCAGGUUACUACUGUCCACCUUAUUGGUGCCUUUUUGCUGUUUUGUUCUGGAAAUAUAUAUGCGUGGAUUCAAGUAUGGAUAUCAUUCAAAAUGAAAGAAAUAGGUUUGGUGGGUUCACAUAUCUGUUUUAUCCGACUUGUACUUUCUGUUAUAUCAACGCUUUCCUUUUUGGCAAUGCUGGUAUUGAUGAAAUUUGCCUACAAAGAUCAUAACAAAGGUAUUGUUUUGCGUUGGCAUUCAGAUGAAUCUGGAUUCAAAGAACACAUUGCAGCCGAUGCUAUGGAAUGGGUAAUGGUAGGCUCAUUUCUUCUUGUGUUUCUUACUUUUACCAAAGAACUGGAAAACAGUCGACUUCAGGUUCGUCUGGUUAGGAGUGAAGAUCGAUAUGAAUCAUUAACAAAUCAAACAGAAAAUAAUGUUUGAUUAUUUCUUCAUAAUUCCAAUGAAAUUUAUAGAUGAAGGUCUCUAAUGUUAACGAAAUGCUUCAUAUUCAUUAUAAAACUUUUGAGAAAGAUAGUUUCACUUGAUAUUUGCCAGUUUUUUGAGAUCCUAAAGAAACUUUGGCAUCUACUAAACAUUUAUAAAGUGCAUUAUUGUGUUAUGUUAAAUUUGGAUGUAGUAUUAAUUAUACUUGUAAUUUUGACACAUUUUUUCUAGUAUCAUUUAAAGGGAGAAAAAUAAAAAGGUGAAUGUUAUGAGUGCAAAUUUA